AUGGGUUCUCUCGCCGAUCCGUACGCGCUACGCUGUGUCUCCGACCUGCCCCCGCCAUUCCGCUCCGUGUUCAGGUUCAGAUACUUCAAUUCCUUGCAGAGCGAGUGCUUUCAUGUGUGCUUCUUCUCGGAUGUGAACAUGGUUAUCUCGGCACCCACGGGGAGUGGGAAGACCGUACUCUUUGAACUCUGCAUUCUGAGGCUCCUCUCAAGGUUCCUUUCACCAGAUUGGAGGUUCAAUUUGAAUAAAGGAACUCUGAAAACAAUCUACAUUGCACCCUCCAAGGCAUUGGUGCAGGAAAAGCUGCGGGACUGGAACAUGAAGUUGGGCCCAUUGGGGAUAAAUUGCUUGGAGAUGACUGGUGACAGUGAAUUUUACGACAAUAAAGCCAUACAUGAUGCUGAUUUAAUCCUCACCACUCCUGAGGUCCAUGUCACUACUUACUUUCAUCUGCAGAAAUUGGGUUUCUUCUGUGACAUUGCUCUCGUCCUUAUUGAUGAAGUUCACCUUCUUAAUGAUCCACGUGGAGCUGCAUUAGAAGCAGUUGUCAGUAGGAUAAAAAUGCUUUCGCGACAUGACAACAUGAAAUCUUUUCCUCUGGCUAAUGUUCGAUUCAUAGCUGUUUCUGCUACUAUCCCUAAUAUUGAGGACAUAGCACAGUGGCUCCUAGCACCCCCAGAAGGAAUCAAAAGAUUUGGAGAAGAAAUGAGGCCAGUGAAGUUGACAACCAAGGUCUUUGGUUAUGCUCCAGCUAAAAACGACUUCCUUUUUGAGAGGAGGUUGCAAAGUUUUAUUUAUGAUAUACUGAUGCAACAUUCAAGAGGGAAGUCUGCACUUAUUUUCUGUUCUACAAGAAAAGGUGCACAAGAAGCAGCGCAGUGCCUUUCACAAACUGGAGCAUCACUUGGCUAUUCGAAUCCAUUUAUGAAAUCGAUGCAGCAGUAUGAACAUCUAAAGGAGGCUUCCCUAACCUGUAGUGACAAGCAACUGCAGGCUUGCAUUGUACAUGGAGUUGGUUUUCAUAAUGGUGGUCUUUGCUUAAAAGACCGAGGUCUUGUUGAGGGGCUUUUCCUCAAGGGUGAUCUUCAAGUCCUAUGCACAACGAAUACGUUGGCACAUGGCAUCAACUUACCUGCACAUACAGUUGUGAUAAAGUCAACACAGUUUUUCAACAAGGAGAAGGGCCUAUAUGUUGAAUAUGAGAGGUCCAUGGUGCUUCAGAUGUGUGGAAGGGCUGGACGUCCACCAUUCGAUGAUACUGGAACAAUUAUAAUCAUGACAAGAAAAGAGACAGUUCAUAUAUAUGAGAACCUUCUAAAUGGUUGUGAAAUGGUGGAGUCUCAGUUGCUGCCAUGUGCAGUGGAGCAUCUAAAUGCAGAAAUCGUUCAGCUGACAGUAUCUGACAUUAUUCUGGCAGUUGAGUGGAUCAAGUGCUCGUAUUUGUACACCAGAAUAAGGAAGAAUCCUGAGAACUAUGGAGUUAAGGGGGGGACUCCUCAAGAUCUCCUUGAAAAGCAAAUUCAAGAUAUAUGUGUCCAGAAGAUUCAUGAGUUGGUGGACUAUGGACUGAUUUGGACAGAUGAAGGAGCUUUCGUUCUACAACCACUAGAACCAGGGAGGCUGAUGGCAAAAUUCUACCUGAAGUUUGAUACAAUGAAGCUUAUCGUGAAAGCUUCUGCCUGUUGCAGUUUGGAAAAUUUAUUGCAUGUCAUCUGUCACUCUGCAGAAAUAACUUGGAUCCAACUACGCCGAAAGGACAAGAAGAUUCUAAAUGACAUAAAUGCCGACAAAGAUGGUAGACUCCUAUUUCAUAUUGUCAUGGAGAAUGGAAAAAGGAAGAAACGUGUUCAGACAAGAGAAGAGAAAAUAUUCUUGCUAGCAAAUGACUGCUUAACUGGAGACCCCCUAAUCCAUGAUUUAUCCCUCAACCAGGAAACAAAUUCAAUAUGCUCAAAUGGAUGUAGGAUUGCCAAAUGCAUGCGAGAAUAUUUUAUAUACAAAAAGAACUACAGAUCCGCCAUAAAUUCUAUGAUCCUUGCAAAUAGUCUACAUCAAAAGCUUUGGGAGAGCAGUCCAUUUCUGCUGAAACAACUGCCUGGGAUUGGAAUUGUAACAGCAAAGGCUCUGAAGACUGCUGGAAUUUAUUGCUUUGAGACCUUGGCAACUGCUGAUGCGAGAAAGAUAGAAUCGGCCACAGGACGCAAUUAUCCAUUUGGGAAUCAUAUCAAAGAUUCAAUGUCAUCAUUACCACCCAAAAUUGACAUAGACAUAGAAGAAACUGGAAACAGACUUGGGAAAGCGACCAUUACUGUAACAUUAACUCGUCUAUCACAGGCAGUUCGAUCCAGUAAACGCAGUUGCGCUGACAUGGUUGUGGCCUCAGAGGAAGACAAUGUGAUCCUCUUUCAUGAGAAUAUAAGGACUCGAGAAUUCCACAGCCCAUAUUCUGUAAAAGUUUUUGUGCCAUGCCCCCAGAAUGCACGAGUCACUCUGAAGGUUGAUCUAAUAUUUGAAGAAUAUGUUGGUCUUGAUGUGCACAAGAAGCAUGUAGUAAGCAGGGAAGAUGGUUUGUACGUGACCAAAGAGCAUGUGAUAGAUAAGCUUGAACCUGCAUACAAUCUCCCUUCAGAGAUUUGUUUGAUUAGCUCCAGGACAACUCGAACAAGCCGAUCUCAAUCUCACACUGAACAGAGCCCUCUUUCCAAAGAGGUUUAUGUCAUAGAAGAUGAUGACGUUGCUGUCAGUGCUCUCGAGAAAGCUGAUAAUGUACUGGGAACCAGAAAAUUUAACAACUUGGCUUUACUGGAGGUCCCAAGCUUUGAUCUACUGCCUGAAGAAGAGUAUGGAGCUCCUGGACCAGAACAGGCAGAAUGCAAAAGUGCCACAGACAACACAAUUUUUGAUCACAUACGCAAGAAAUCCAAAGAGUUCCCCACUCUGAUGGUAUCGAAAUCCAUGGAUAGCUCUUAUGAACCUCUUAUACUGAAGAAGAUGAAGAUAUCAAGGGACCAGUUUGAAGUAGAGCAUGGCUGUCUGCAUGCGGAUGAGGCCACCACAAUGGAUUUUGAGCCUGUUGAGCCUAGGGUCUCUCCAACCAAUACUGCUGAGAAGUGUCGCGGGAUCCUGGGUAGAAGUUCAGAAAAGAGCCGCAUGCUGUUUGGAAUAAUGGAUAGCCCAUCUGAGAAGAGCAAGAUGCUGAGCACGACACCAGACAAAAGCUCUCUUCAGAAUGCGGGUGGAAAGGAGAGCCCAUUGGAGAAGAGCAAGGUACUGAGCACUUCAGCUGAAAACUCUCUCCAAUUUGCAGCUAGGCGUGUCAGCUCAUCUGAGAAGAGCAAGAUGUUGACAACUCCAGAUAAAAGCUCUCUUGUGUUUGCGGGUGGAAAGGAGAGCCCAUUGGAGAAGAGCGAGGUACUGAGCACUUCAGCUGAAAACUCUCUCCAAUUUGCAGCUAGGCGUGUCAGCUCAUCUGAGAAGAGCAAGAUGCUGACAACUCCAGAUAAAAGCUCUCUUGUGUUUGCGGGUGGAAAGGAGAGCCCAUUGGAGAAGAGCGAGGUACUGAGCACUUCAGCUGAAAACUCUCUCCAAUUUGCAGCUAGGCGUGUCAGCUCAUCUGAGAAGAGCAAGAUGCUGACAACUCCAGAUGAAAGCUCUCCAGGGUUUGUGGGCGGAAAGGAUAGCUCGCUGGAGAAAAGCAAGAUCCGUAUUAGUACUCCAGUUGAGUAUCCUUUAAAGAAAGGAAAUCCAGGUGAAAAUCCUUUCAAAACAGGAACUCCGGUUGAAAACUCCCCCCAAUUUGCAACUCAACGUGACAGCCCAUCUAAGAAGAGGAAAUCCUGCAUCAGCAGUCCCCUUCCGUGCUUCCAGGCUGUUCAAUGCACAGAGCAAGUCAGAGUUGCAGCUCAACCCUUCGAUAUUCAGGAAUAUGUCAAGGAGAUAUCGAGAAGCAGAAGGAACAGUCAAGGAGGCGAUCCUUUUGCUGGUUACAAGAGUAUCUUUUCCUUCCUAUACUAG